AUAAAAGCGUCGGAACACCGCCGUUGUGGUCAGUUUCAAGUGGAAGCUAGAGCAAAGUGCACUUUACUAGCAAUCAGUAAAACUGUGAUAAACUCACGUGUUUAAUCCACUACAACCACACCACACAAAAAAAAUGUCUCUGGAACGUGCUGUCCGCGCCAAGAUUGCUGGCAAACGCAAUGCUGAACAAGACAAAGAAGCCCAGGAAUGGAUCGAAACCAUCUUGGGAGCCAAGUUUCCCCCAGGCGAACUCUAUGAGGAUGUCAUCCGUGACGGCACCGUCCUCUGCCAGCUGAUGAACAAACUCGUACCCAACGCCAUCCCCAAGAUCAACACCAGCGGUGGUCAAUUCAAGAUGAUGGAGAACAUCAACAACUUCCAGCAUGCGCUGAAGGCGUAUGGAGUCAACGAUGUUGAUGUCUUCCAGACUGUUGACUUGUGGGAGAAGAAGGAUAUCGCUCAAGUGACAAACACCGUAUUUGCUUUGGGCCGUCAGACUUACAAACACCCAGAAUGGAACGGACCCUACCUUGGCCCCAAACCAUCCGAUGAAAACAAACGUGAAUUCACCGAGGAGCAGAUGAAGGCUGGCCAGACCAUGAUCGGUCUCCAAGCCGGUUCCAACAAGGGUGCCACCCAAGCUGGUCAAAACAUGGGCGCCGGUCGCAAAAUCUUGCUCGGCAAGUAAAUCACGCGCCACCAGCCAACCAGACAACACAUUUUUUAUCACAACUUGUACACAUAAUUCUAACCACUAACUAUUUAUUACGAAAUCUAAUUUAUUAACUAAGAGUUUAUAAAAAAACGCAGGGUAUGAUAAAAAAAAAACCGCAAAAAAUACUACACUACAACAAAUUACGCAACCAAAUACGAAACGAUGUUGAUGUAUAUUCUUGUAUGAAAUAAAUGACUUACUAUUUUUGUUUAUAAAAACAAAAA